AUGGGGAAUGGUGGCUCUGUCGUGUCCCAACCAUCCUCUGACAGCUAUGAGGAAGACGUGAUAACCAAAGAAACUGGCACCUCCGUAACUGAGCCCUCUGAAACGGAGAAGGCGAAAGCGGAGACCUCCAAACCAGAGCCGUAUGAUGCGGAACCAAAACAGGCAAAGCAGAAGACAGCUAAUGGCCGCCGUCGCCGUCGCCGGCACUGCCGUAAGGACAAUUUCUCAAGUUUUGCUACCUAUUUCCCCGGGGUGCUGAGGCAAAUGCAUAAAGGCCUGAGUCUUUCCCACGACUCCGUGAACAUCCUGGAUUCGUUCGUGAAAGAUAUGUUUGAGCGGAUUGCCGAGGAGGCCGGGCGCCUGGCCCGCUACAACAAGCGCCGCACCAUCACGCACUAA